AAGCAUGCAAUGGUUAAAGUCGAUCAAUAACCGAGCUUGACCUUUUUUUGUUUAGGACAGCUGCGGCACGACCAGCUGAUGCCAUCUUCGGGUCAUUCCAGGCAUCUUUAGCUCCAAUAAUUCCCAAGGAUGGGGUAAUGGCUUUGGCUGUAUAGAAGAGGAAUACACAUCACCAUGGCCGAUGGAUGUUGCAGGGGAUUGGAUCGAGUCCGGGGUAAGAUUGCGUCAGACUCCCUGCCUCGAGCGGCGUACGCUCCGCAAUGCCCGCAGCCCGGUGCCCAGCAGCAGGGUAACGACAUCCAGGAGCUCGCCUCCAAGCGAGUCGACAUCCAGAAGAAACGCUUCUACCUGGACGUCAAGCAGAGCGUUCGCGGGCGCUUCCUCAAAAUAGCCGAGGUGUGGAUCGGCCGAGGCCGCCACGACAACAUCCGGAAGAGCAAGCUCACACUGUCGAUGUCGAUGGCUCCGGCGCUCCGCUACAGCCUGGGGGACUUCAUCGACUAUUACGCCCGUAUCGGACUGCGGGGGGGCCUCCUCGACGAGCACGGAAGCAACGGGCAGGGCCGAAGGAGAGCGCAGGAGCCCGCGUCGUCCCCCGUCGGCUCCGUGGCGUCGGACGAUCAAGUCCACCGCGUCCUUAAGAGCGAAUUCAUCGAAAGGGACAAUCGGAAGUACUUCCUGGACCUCAAAGAGAACCAGAGGGGCAGGUUCCUGCGCAUCCGGCAGACGGUCAGCAAAGGGCACGGCACCAUGGGCUACUACGGCCAGGGCAUCGAACAGACCAUCGUCCUUCCCGCGCAGGGCUUGAUCGAGUUCCGGGACGCGCUCUCGCAGCUGAUCGAGGACUACGGCGACGGCGACGACGACGACGGCGGCGGCGACGAGCGCGGCCGAGCGACGACCGGAAGCCACGACUCUACCCCGGAGCUUCCGGAGGCCGCGUCCUUCCGAGUGGACAACAAGCGGUUUUAUUUCGACGUCGGUUCCAACCGCUUCGGCGUCUUUUUGAAAGUCAGCGAAGUGCGGCAGCCCUACAGGAACACCAUCACGGUGCCGUUAAAAGCCUGGGCGAGAUUCGGGGAGAAUUUCAUCCGGUACGAGGAGGAAAUGCGACGAAUGUUCACUUGUAACAAAGAGAAGAGGACAGAGGCUCGGCAGGACAGCGAGGAACAUGGAGACUGACCUUGACAGGCUCAAAGGUGGUAGCUUUUGUCACACAGCACACAUCACCGGACAGCUUCUGUAGUAUCUGCCAGACUACACAUCCUGCUACGUAGACCAGAGAAUUUUCCACCAGACCAGCAAUCCGAGUGGGAAGUUAACUGUGGUCACACACAAUGGCCAAAAGGUUGGCAAAUGGAGGUGGGUGUUUUUCUGCAGUUUCAGCAGAGGACAUCUCUACUGCAGAGAGAAAACCUGUAUUAUCUUGAGCUGCCGCAAUACUGGUCUCACGUUGUAAGACACCAAAGCGAACCAUCAAAAGGUGGAAAUGACCUGGAACUGGCAUCUAGCUGGAUUGUCGUUCCAGUUGCCUUACAUGAAAAACGGACACAUUACAGAAUUACACCCAAAACAUAGCAUAUAAAGACAUUUUGUU